UGCGCAAUGCAUACUGACAACUGGCGUUAAGAAACAGGCAAGAUAGGCAACUGUUAGCUAGAGAAAGCAGCCGUUUCAGCUUAAAAACACACGCUGAAAUGUUUCGGAGGAAAUUGACAGCUCUGGAUUAUCACAAUCCCAACGGGUUCGACUGCUCAGAUGAGACCCAGUUCAGGAACUGCAUCGUGUGGCUGGAGGACCAGAAGAUCAGACACUACAAGAUCGAGGACAGAGGCAACCUGAGGAACAUCCCCAGCUCAGAGUGGCCCAAAGCCUACCAGAAGUACCUGCAGGAUGUCAGCUGUCCAUUUGGAGUCCAGGAGAGACAGGAAGCUGUGGACUGGUUACUGGGCCUGGCUGUACGCUACGAGUAUGGAGACAAUGUGGACAAGUAUAAGAACUGUCAGCCACUGGCAGCCUCUGGUAACAGCGACAAAGCAGUCGAUCCUCUGGUCAACCUUGACAGUAAUUCACCAGAUUUCAAAGCAGGAGUGACAGCUCUGGCCAACAUCCUCAAAAUCCAACGCCACGACGACUACUUGGUGAUGCUCAAGGCCAUCCGGAUUCUGAUCCAAGAGAGACUUUCUCCAGAAGCCAUUUCUAAAGCCAGCCACAACAGAGAGGGUGUUCCAGUAGCUUUAGACAAACACAUCUUGGGUUUCGACACUGGAGAUGCGACGCUGAACGAGGCCGCUCAGAUCCUGCGCCUGUUGCACAUCGAGGAGCUGAGGGAGCUCCAGACCAAGAUCAACGAGGCCAUCGUGGCCGUUCAGGCCAUCAUAGCUGACCCCAAGACAGACCACAGGCUGGGCAAGGUCGGCAGAUGAGAGUGAGGAUGAAGAGGGACGCUGGAGGAAGAGAGGAACUGAACCGCAGGAGUUAUCAUUUGAUUUUUUUCCUUUGAGUUGGACAGAAAUGAGGUUGUAUUUGUUCCGUUGUUGCGUGAGCUCAGGAUCGGAUUCACAGGUCGGAGCAAUGAUGAGCAAACGCUUUUCAGACGCUGCCUUUCAUUUUUGUACAGCAACAGGGAUAAGCUGGCGUCAAAGCAUGCAAUACAGUAAAGGUGGCAUAGUUAGAAAUGAAGUACUCGUGUCCACUUGAACCUUCUGAUCUUCUCUCUCUCUCCUUCAACAGAAACCAGACUUCUGAAAUGUUCAAAUCUUAUCUUUUGUUUGCCGAUGGAAGAAAAGGUUUUUUUGAAAGGCUUUUCACUGACACUGUAUGAAAAAAAAAAUCUAUAAACACAGCUGAACACA